UGGGUCCGGAUCUGAGAUUUUACUGGGUUUGGGUUUUAUUGGACUGCUUGUGCAGGAUUUCUUCCCUGAACGACCUUGCGUUGUUCCUGCUGUGGACGGGAGGAUUUUCAGGGAAUGGAGAGAAGUGGGAUCGUUUUCCUUCACUCAGAUAAAACUGCAGCAUGAGCCUCUCUGUCGGACGGAGCGGGACGUUCUGAUUGGCUCCCAGUGAUGGAAACCAGUGGAUGACAGCAGCUGAAAACUCCCAGACGGAGGAAGAGGAAGUCGCCUCCAGAGCAUGGGCUGCGUCAAAUCCAAGCGGAGCGCCGCGGCCUCCCAGCAUGCCAACUCCACGGACAGGAAGCCCACGAGCGAGAAGGCCUACCUGGUGGGCGGGUCGGCGCCGGGUUCGGCCGAUGGUUCGCCGCAGGUGAACGCGGCGCUGCUGGAGUACGCCCAGCGGCUGUCGGAGGACAUCGUGGCGCGGGCGGUGCAGCAGUGGCUGGAGGUGGACAGCCGCUACAGCGACAUCCCCUACAUCGAGUGCGACGUUCCGUAACGGGAACCUUCAGUCCUCCACGCCUGGCGGCGGAUGAGUCGAUGGGAAUCCGGUCUGACUGGACAGGAUUCAUCCUGAAACCUUCCCCCAAAUGGACCGGAGCGCUCCGAUCCCGACUCUGUGACAAGGAGGUGGAAGAUUACCGAUGAACCCAGGAAUCCCCUCUGACCCUUGACCCUAGUUGGAAACUCUUCCUGGAGCUUCUUUCACUGCCACUACUUCGCCUUAACCUCCACCCUCCGCCAUGCGGGCCUUCUGGGCCGCUGAUGAUGCGUUCUCCGGGUCGGGAGCUUUGACAGGGUCUGACUCAUCGGACGAUCCGACGAGACGUUUCGGUUUCGGUUCGUCCAUUUUGGCUACGUUCACACAGCAGGCGAAUUCGCCCAAUUCCGAUCUUUCACCAGUUUUUUCGGAAAUAAAUCUGAUUAUUUCCAAAGCAUCUCAAGGCAUGUCAUAUUUUAUUCGACUUUUACGUUGUUGUGUCAUAAGAAGAAAGAUGUAAAUCUGGACAUAAAGAAUGAAAAUUAUAAUCAUGAACUGAUGAAAGAGUCUGAGUCAGUUGGAAAAUUAAAAAAAUACAAUUUCAUUAGAGUCAUAAACCACAUAAAGACCACUUCCUGUUGUUUUUCUUCUUCAUUUCCUCCAGUAGUAACAUCCUGUUGUUGCUCCUGCGUGUUUCCAUUGCAGUAAAUAUACUAACUUUGUAACUAAAGUGUUUUUUUCUAAAUUGCUGAGUUUCCCUUCAGUGAAUUUAUUUUUGUAAUUCUAAUUUGCGUAAUUUUAAAAAAUGGAACCGCAGCCGGUGAGGCGCAUCCCAACCCACUUUGGGUCGAAUCCACCGAACAAACGCACGCAAAAAAAAAUCUGAUUUUAGCGAAAAACUGGAACUGAGCCUAGAGACCUGCUGUGAGAACGUGAACUUUGUGCCGCCGUUGAUGCGUUGGUGAUGAACUUCCUCUCGUUGCUUCAGGAAACUCAGCAACCAAACCAACCGAAUCCGCUCUGAGCAAAACUCUGGAGUCAUCAGACUGAACCCGCCGGCUCAGACAGGAUCCAUAGAUUUACCGUUUCUUUGGUUAAAUCGAUGAAAAACACCAAAGAAAACAACAUUUGACAAAAUUUUUGCUCCAACCAAAACCUGAAAACAAGUUUCAGGACUGGAACUAAAAACAUUUCAGUCCGAUCAUCAUCAAACGUUUUCCAGACUUUCUGAAACUCUCAAAGUUUUUCUUGGGUUUUAUGAGCUUUUUUUUAAAAAAACGUAUAAAUCUGAAAAUUGUUUAAAUUCACAUUCUGACUGAAAUCUGGCUUUAUUUUCACUGGGUGGGAUGAAAAAAUGUCAAAAAUCUGAAAAACAGGCAGCAAAAUACAAAACUCAGAUCUUCAGCAGAGGAUCGAGAAUCUGCAGGAGAAAUAAAAAAUAUGAGGAAAAGAGCUAAUUAUGUCAAAUAUCUCCACAUAUUUAAAUUAGUAUUUGCUGAAUGAAGUAACUUUAUGAAUAACUGGAAGUUUAUUCUUGUUUACGUUGCAGCGGCCAUGUUGGAUUUUAAAUUCCCUCGUUUGAAGUUAGAAAUAUAAUUUUCUAACUUUAAAGAAGUUGAAAUCAAAUAAUCAGAGCCAAUUUGUUUAUGGAAAAACUGAAUAAUUCUCCAUUAGGAAAACGGUUUCAUUUUGGGAUUUUUUAUGGAUUUAUUUGAAGAAACAGGAAGAAGUUUAUUCCUUUUACGUCUAAUUGGGUCAUCAGAGGUCAGGAGCCAAAAAACAGGAAAAAAUCUGACAAAAAAACAAAAAACUCCUAAAGUCCAAAGAAAAACCUCCAGAAAGUCUGGAAGGAAAAUCUAAAGAAGUUCAGAUGAAUUAGGGACCUUCAGGUCUGGUCAAAGUUCGGGUCAGAUCGGGUCAAAGUUCGGGUCAGAUCGGGUCAAAGUUCGGGUCAGAUCGGGUCAAAGUUCGGGUCAGAUCGGGUUUCCGUCGGUGAUCAUCCAGAUUGAGACCUCAGAGCUAAAAUCUGUGAAACAUUUUAUGCCUUCAUGGUCAUAAAGACCUUAAAAUGAACCAAAAGGUUUAAAUAGUUUAAAUGUCUUCUGGUCCUGAAACUGUUCUGAGUUUUAAUGUUUAAAACUGUUUAAAACUAAUCAGCUUUAUUUGGUGAUGGUUUCUCUCCUCUGGUCAGACCGCCGUCGUCUGAGUUUAAUCUUUAUUAAACUUUAUUAAAACUUUUCA